AAUCAUAAACACCAUUGAUAGUGUAAUCAGUGCUCUGUGUGUGUGUUUGUUUGUGCGUGAACGACCAGUAUCUUUGAUCAGGGGCCAGAAGCUUAUCUACACUGCCAUGCCCAUCAAUAGGGCGCUGGCAAAGACCUUACCUCCAGUCUCACCUCUGGCCUACUCACAAUGGUCGUCGAUGGGGAGACCAGAAUUAGGUCGCAAUGCUGGCUCCGUGGCCCUUCCCAACGGUGGACGUCCCAGACCACCACCAUCACACCCUUGGCUCCGUCAUCCUCGCUAUCGGCAACACAGGCAUGGUGGGAAACUUCCUCAUCAUGUGCACCUUCUGCAGACUCUGACAGAGCCAGAGGACAUCUCCAUAUCUGAAGUCAUUGGUUUUACCAAUAUCCUUCCUGCUACUCUGGAAGAUGUCAGAAAGGAAAAGUCUAAAGGCAUAAGUGGGCGUGUCCCUUCCACAUGCCUAAACGACGCGAUCCCUGCCAUCAUCGUCACCUCUAUGGAAAUCCCCUAAAUGGGUGGGGUCUGUUGUGAGAGAACCGCUGGAUGUUGUGUGAUUGGACAAUAUAUGACACAGCUCUGUGUGUCGUUUCUUUCCUCCUCUACAGGGCUCUACACUACCAGCAUGGUAUCUAGUGUCUGUGUGUCGUUUCUCUCCUCCUCUACAGGGCUCUACACUGCCAGCAUGGUAUCUAGUGUCUGUGUGUCGUUUCUUUCCUCCUCUACAGGGCUCUACACUGCCAGCAUGGUAUCUAGUGUCUGUGUGUGUAACUGUAUUGCUUCCAACCCGCUCCUCGCCCCAAUUUGGGCUUAAACCAGGGACCCUCUGAACACAUCAUCAACAGUCACCCAAGAAGCAUGGUUACCUAUCGCUCCACAAAAGCUGCUGCUCCUUGCAGAGCAAGUGAAACAACUAUUUCAAGGUCUCAGAGCGAGUGACGUCACCGAUUUUAAACACUAGUAGCACGCACUGCUAACUAGCUAGCCAUUUGACACCGGUUACGUGUGUGUGUUUUGUAUUUGUGGAUUUAGAGACGUUUUCCAUUGAGCUGUAGAAAACACAUCAUCUGAAAACAGUCUCAGUCGGUGGCUUUCCUUUUUCUGUUUUUAAACAUGGAGGAUUGUCAAUGUUUUCCUCUCCACAUUCUCUCCCUCCUCCUUUUCCCUCCCUCCUCCUUUUCCCUCCCUCCUCCCCCACUUUCUCUCUCCUCCCUCCUGAAUUUAUUUACACAAAGUGUCUGUAGGCUAUUUCUCUCCUUCUCCCUGAAGAAUACACCGUUUUUCUACCCCUCAUGGAAUUAAAAGCAUUGUGUUGGUAUUAUUAUGGGAUCGAGGGAGUUUUUUACAAUAUUCAUUCUUAUUUUUUACCUUUCUACAUUUCAAGGGAGAAUGGCAGAAUGGAUCAUUGUCUAUUGCUUAUCACCAUUUAGACCUGUCACCUAACUGUGUGUGUGUGUGUGGGGGGGGGUUAGGGGAGAAGUUUCUACUGUAUAUGGUCCUAACCCAGUGCCCCAGACAGCACCAUAUUGAUAAGAUAAUAAAGAUACAGUAAGUGUAUGAGAGUGUAUGUGAUAAGGUGUGUGUGUGUGUACUCAAUUGUUUUAAUCGUCAUUUCGGGCACCAUACACGGCCCUGCCCCAAUUUAUGUUUGUAUGUGUGUGUGAGCACACAUAGCCCUUAUGCAACACAUAACAAUCCACAACAUUUGAGCAACACUGUUCUUUCGGGAAACGUCCAUUUUUCUAAAUGGCACCCUAUUCCCUAGUGUACUACUUUUAACAACCGCCCAAUGUAGGGAACAGGGUGUUAUUUGGGCCAGUGUAUUUCUCUGCUGCGUGUUGACUCUGGUUGUAAUGAUCUCUCUGGUGUGCAAAUACAGAUUUAGUUGUGGUUCUGAAUAUUGAUGAGCUGAUUGAUUUGUUAUGUCUUGUAAUUGAGGAAAAAAACAACUUUCCAGCUGUUAUAUCAUUGAAAUAUUACUCAAAACCUAUGUUCUAAAUUAGGUGAGUUUUUUUUUGUAGAUUUGUGAUGGAUGUGUAAACCGUUUUAUUUGAGUUGUUUUUAAAUGUAUUUUUCUAAACAAAUGUAUUACUGGCAGCUGUGUGUUGGUAUCUGGUUGGUUAUGGCCUAUGUACCAUCAGCAGUGUAUGUGAGUGUUGUGAGAAGUUGGAUAGAAAAUAAAAGUUUGCUGAUGUGGGA